AUGUCAGCGAUUUACAGGGCCGUGAUUUCUGCUAUGGAUAAAAGAGUUCCUGCUCGACUAAAACCUUUAUGGGAUCAUCCUGCAGGACCUAAAACCAUAUUUUUUUGGGCACCUACUUUCAAAUGGCUUCUCGUAAUAGCUGGUUUGGCAGAUAUAAAUCGGCCAGUUGAAAACGUCAGUUUAUACCAGAGCACAGCACUUGCAGCAACCGGUGUCAUAUGGUCUCGAUAUUCUAUGGUUAUUAUACCCAAAAAUUACAAUCUUCUCAGUGUAAACGCCUUUGUUGCUCUAACUGGUUUGUAUCAAGUAGCAAGAAUCGCUCACCAUGAACGCUCCAAGUAG